AUGGAAUCCCUACUCGCGCUCGAGCGCACCCACGCCAUCUUCUUCACCCUUGCUCUUGCAGUUGCUGCCUACUUUCUCCUCACUCCAAAAAUACGUCCCCUGCCUGACAUACCAUGGGUGGGCAAAUCGUCGAGGCUACCGGGCGCUGACACGUGGGCAACCCUUGCGAGCUUCAUUAACAGACGGAAGUGGUUUGCCGAAGGCUACGAAAAGUACUCGCGGCACGGCAAAAGCUUUAUUGUGCCCCACCCACUGGGCGAGAAGCAUAUCACGUUGCCGUCAGAAAAGUUGAGCUGGCUGCUCGAGCAGCCAGACCACGUGGCCAGCGCAGCCGACUUCCAUUAUGAGAUCCUUGCUGGUCGAUAUGCCUGGACUGACAGUAGCAUCAAUCGAAUCCUAUUCCACGAGCACGUAAUACACAAGUAUAUCGUGCGCAAAGACUCCAAGCUCCUUGCCGGGAUGUGGGACGAGAUCGGCACGGCAGUUGACGAGCUUUGGGGCAUGUCUUCUGAAUGGCACGAGGUACGUGUGCUUGACAUCUCUUCGGAGCUGAUCCUGCGUGUCGUUAAUCGCGCCCUGGUUGGUUUGCCGCUGUGCCGUAACCGCGACUAUCUGUCCCAUACCGACUCCUUCACCACCAAUGUCUUGCUCUGCACCUUUGCCACCCAGCUUGCUCCACGCUUCCUGCGCGACAUAGUCGGUUAUGUGGUUGGCGCUCCAAAUCACUGGCACUACCGGCGCUGCGCACGCUGGACGCUCCCUAUCAUCCGCGAGCGCCUGGAUAUGUUUGCCAAAGUCGACAAUGGCUCCCUCCCCGCAGAUACCUUGCCGGAGGACUACAUCACCUGGCAUAUCACACUGGCCCGUGCUGAAGGUCGCACUCGUGAACUAGCUCCAGAGUUCAUUGCUAGAAGUUUGAUGGCACUUGAGUUUGCAGCAAUCAAGACUCCUGCCGCGACACUAGCACGUGUGCUCCUCGAUGUGUGCGGCUCAGGGCCAGACAGCGGAUACAUUGACCGUUUACGAAAUGAGGCCGAAGAGGUAUACAACACACACAACCAGACCUGGUCUAAGCAAACGCUGCGCCAUAUGGCCCUCACUGACUCAGCGAUCCGAGAGAGUAUGCGAUUAACAUCUUUGCUCUUCGCCUUAGGGCGAAAGGUGGUGCCGGCGGAAGGCGUCCGUGGGCCUGACGAGCCAUGGGUUGCACCUCAGGGCUCCUAUCUCACCAUCAAUGCUGCCGAUCGCCAUCUUGACCCUGAUCUGUAUCCAGACCCGACCCGGUACGAUGCCUUUCGGUUCGUGAAUGUGCACGAGGGGCAGGGGAAGGCUCAGGAUUGGCUGCGAGCUAGGAAGUUGGGCAUGACUAGCACGAGUAAAGAUUUCCUGGCGUUUGGUCAUGGACGACAUGCUUGCCCCGGCCGCUUCCUCGUCGAGCAGAUGCUCAAAAUGCUUCUGGCUUACAUGCUGUUGCACUACGACAUUGAGUAUCUGCCGGAAAGGCCAGAUAAUUUCGUGCUCGGCCCGAUUAAUGUGCCUCCGCCGGGGGCAGCAAUCAAAGUACGCAGGAAAAUGGUAGAGGUGAAUUGA